CGCCCCAGCGAGUCCGAACCACCCGAAAACCACCCCUUUAUAACCUUGCGUGUCGGAAAAACGGUCAAACUGUCCAAAACCCAGGACCCGAUGCAAAAUUAAACCCCCGUCGACCAAGCGGUGGGAGAUGCACGCUGGCCGAAGGUUUUAAUUUAGCGCUGAAGCGAUGCCAAACCCGUCUUAGUCCGUUCUCGACCCUCCGACCGGUCGUAUCUAUGGCUUGUUGAAACCCAAAUCGCGGGUGAAUCUGUUCCUUUGAGGAUUUAUUUACAAUAUGAGCAGGAUGAGGGAGACUGUGACGACAGUGUCAACGACGAGGGACCACGAAAGCAAUUUAGAUGCUCUACUAGAAGAUCUGCAGACGACCGUCUCCAGGUCGAAUUCACACUUGAACAUGGACGGAGGAAACAUGAUCGGAUACAGGAGCGUGAGGAGGACGACGACGCGCGACGGAGCCCCCGAUGGCACGACAACCGAGUACCACGUCGAAUACCUGAACCCUGCCAAUCCAACGCACCAGGUCAAUGAAAGUUCAUACAACAGCGGGAACUCAACUGGACACUCUUACAAUAAAUCUUACAAAUAUAGUGCCGUGGAAAAUUCUACAGGGGCAGGAGAUUACAGGAUGAAGAAGAACAUUUCCGAGUUGGAUUCUCUACUCGACGAUUUAAACUCAGCUCAGAGGAGGAAUUUUUCAGAAACAUCAACAGUAAGAAGUUCUUCAGCGCAUGGACUUGAUUCUGGAUUGAUAGAUCAUGCUACUAGCACACCACAUGCAUCAAGAUCGGUUGAAAGACGUUACAGAGAGGAAAAAACUAUCCGAGGCAGAAGUGCAUCUCCGAUGCGCGAGCUUGUCUUUACAGGUAGCAGGAGUAGAGACCCGAGUCCGAUCCAGCAUAACACAUACUAUGAACAACGCGAACAGACGCCGACCGUUCAGCAGUUUUAUCGAUAUGAAAAGACAACGAGCACAAGGACAACUGGACCUACAAUAACCGAUGUUACUCCGUUGGACCCCAGUUCUCAGUAUCAUCCAGAAGAAAGACCACUUGCACUCAAGCAGAGAUCGCCUUCUCCGAGCCAUUUGCACUCAUACGAACACUACUCGACGAUGAACCGAGACGUUCCCCCGUCUCCUCAUUACACAGAGCGAGUCGUGACUUACAACAGAGAUGCUGAUAAUGACUACCCACCAAGAAAUAAGUCGUACAGCUACAGCACCAGCAGCACUAUGAGAGAGACGAGAAGCGACGCUCCGAAAACUCCUCCUCCUCAUAGAUCACCAUCACCAGUUUCAUUUCAGCAACCCCCCUUACCGAAAACUCCAGGUAAAUCCUACAGCUACGAAUCGUAUCGGCCAAAGUCUCCCCUUCCUAAUCAGAAAUUUUCACCCUCAGAUCCUAGUCACCGGCUAACAUACAAUGUAUCCCCACCACAUACUGUAUCUAGUUACAAAUACAGCAGCACUACAAAUAACCAUUACGAUUCGCACUCGACAAUGCCAAGACCCUUUCCAGCAGUCCCUUCGCCGACUCAAAAUGAACAACAGCCGCCUAAGCAAUUGGACGAAUUAUUGGCUUCUUUGGGCGACCCAGACCCAAGGAAUAAUCGCUACAUGGAGACUCGAGUCGUUGAAAAUCGUUACCAAUCUAAUCAUCAUCAUCAGAAUCAUAAUGGUCCUAGCCCAGCCCCUGCUCCGGCUCCGGUAGUUGAGAAGACGAUUGAAGUUAACCGGGUGGAAAACGAAAAAGUCAAAGAAAAAGGGGAUACAAAGAAUAUUUCCGGGCCGCCUGUGUACUACCCUCCUGGUGAACUUUUCGCUAAAAAAGAAGAGAGUAUGAUGAUGAAACAAGAAGGCGGAGGGAUGUACAAAUCGAAAGGAAAAUAUGCGUACGAGGCGAAAAGCAAGAGCAAAGUUAAAGAAAGCUCCGGAAAAGCUAUGGUGCCCGUCUGUCUGCCAGUGUGUUGUGCCAUGCCUUGCAGCAUAAUGUAAACUAAAUUAAUAUGUACAAAAAAAAAAAAUUGUGAACA